GCCACUGGGUGAGGCGGUGGCGACGAGGUGGCGCCGUGGUCCGGAGCCGAGCGAACCGCAGCGGGGCCGGGGCCCGGUGCGAGGCGGUGGGGCUGCAGCGGAGGAUGAUGGCUGCGCCCGCCCGGGCCGGAGCUGUGAUUGCGGCCCCAGACCGCAGGCGCUGUCUGUGGUCGGUGCUGGCGGCGGCGCUCGGGUUCUUCACUGCUGGCGUGUCGGCCUUGGAGGUGUACACCCCGAAAGAAAUGUACGUGGCCAACGGGACCCAAGGCAAGCUGACGUGCACGUUCAAGUCCGUGAACACCACCGGCAUGCUGACCACAGUCUCCUGGAGCUUCCAGCCGGAGGGGACCGACACCUCCAUGUCGUUCUUCCACUACUCCCAGGGGCGGGAGUACAUGGGGAAUAACCCGCCCUUCAAGGACAGGAUCAGCUGGGCUGGAGACCUGGACAAGAAGGACGCCUCCAUCAGCAUCGAAAACAUGCAGUUCAUCCACAACGGCACCUACAUCUGCGACGUCAAAAACCCCCCCGACAUCGUCGCCCAGCCAGGGCACAUCCGGCUCUACGUGGUGGAGAAAGUGUCUUUGCCCGUGUUCCCGGUCUGGGUGGUGGUGGGCAUAGUGACGGCGGUGAUCGUGGGUCUCACCCUGCUCACCAGCGUGAUCCUGGCUGUCCUCUACCGAAGGAAAAACGCCAAGCGGGACUACACUGGCUGCAGCUCCUCAGAGAGUGUGUCACCGGUUAAGCAGGCUCCGCGGAAGUCCCCCUCCGACACAGAGGGACUAGUAAAGAGCCUGCCUUCAGGAUCGCACCAGGGCCCAGUCAUUUAUGCGCAGCUAGACCACUCCGGCGGCCAGCACAGCGACAGGAUCAACAAGUCGGAGUCCGUGGUGUACGCGGACAUCCGGAAGAACUGAGCGGAGCCCCAGGUCCCAUCCUGACCACGAGACAGAGUCGAACUGGACUGUCCUGCAGAAACGUAGCCCGUAGCCACGCGUGGCCCCGGACAAGCACAAGCACACGGGGGCGCACGGCGUGUACACAGGACGUGUGUAAAUACUCUAUUUAAUCUUCUGAUGCAAGGAGCCAGUGGUGCAUGAUGAAGAGAUGGUGCGAGUCUACAUAAAUGUAAACUGUCUGCCUGUUUUUUGGACUUUUUCGCGUUCAGGGUCGUGUACAGUUGGGGAAGUUCAGCAGCAUUCCUGUCUCUGCCAUUUAGGUAGGGUUUGCCCCCUUGGGGACAUGGCGACCUUUUCGUGGCCCGAUAGACAUGGCCCUCUUACCCAAGGGCUGAACCAGUCUUAGCUGUUCCCGCGGGAGGAGGGGGAAGACACUACGAGUGGCCCAUCCCCCACUGCCCGCUCUGCCUGUUUGGUUGUAGUGUUUAGGAAAUGCCCAUUAGCUAUGCCACUUGGGGACGAUUUGAGCAGCUUUUGUUGGUGUUUGUUCUCUCCGAAACACAGGGCAUUUUUGCGUUCUAUGUUGCGCACUCAGACUUGAACAUCUCUCCCCUCCCUCGUCCGCGGGUGCACUCACCACAGCAAGGGUGGUGCAGGCAGCGGCCGGAGGUCGCAUCUUGAGGUCACGUCUUCCUCGGUGCCUAGUGGCCCCCCCUAGCGAUUUGUCCUCUUUUCCAAGCUCCAGUCUUAGCUGCGUGCAGCCUCAGGAGCCCCUGAGGCUAGAGACCGGCUCCAUUUUUAGAUGAGCAAGUAGAGUCCGUACUGCUCCUUUGGGAAUCUUCUCUCUCCCUGCUUGUUUGUUUUGUUUGUUCGUUCUCCACGUUUUCCCCACGGAUGGAAACGAUGAAUGCUGAGGUGAGGAACUCCCUAGACAGUUGGGGCGCCCUUCCCGAUAACUCGAGUUGCCCCAUCGGCAACCCCCACCCCAUCUCAAACCGGAAAUUUCUCUUUUUACUGGGAAGGAAAAGCAAAGUGAGAUCAUUAAACACUUAUUUAUACUGGUCAUUCCUCCAUUUGCUGGACUACUUUGUAUUAAAAGAACUGUUUUAAUUUAAAAUGCCCCGAAAGCCCCCAGGUCCGGGGAGGCCGCGGGGUGCGUCUGGGUACGUGGGACGGUUCGUUUUUCUCCCCCUCGGUUUGGAGGUCCCCCACGAGCCGCUUCCUGUUCCUUCCCAGCGCCUGCCGCCCACGGGGGAGUUUCAAGGCCAAGUUCCAAGAGACCGUUAAGGGGGUGAAGCAGGACCAGAAGCUCAGGCAGCCAUGAGGUGAUAAAGUAGAAAAGGGUGUAGGAGCUUCCACACUCUCCGCCGACACAUGGUCUAGAGCUUUCUGCGGAGCUGCUGCUGCUUCCCCUGACGUCCGGCCACACUCCCUCUGUGCGAACGUAAACAGGGAAGGGCUUUGUAAUCACGCUCCGCACCGUGUCCUGCAGCUGGGGACUGGCCGCCGUGGGCUGUGUGUGGCACGAGGGAAGGCCGCCGGCCCCGCGGCCUCCGCCUGGCUCAGGGCCCAGCGCCAGCGAGGGAGGCGCAGCGCUUGUCCCGAGGCGUGUCCGCACGGGUCCCCAUCCGGUCCCCCUUGCCCCCUAAAGCUUCCUGCAUCCAGGU